UGAGCGGUGUGAAUUAUCAAGGACACGCAGGCAGUCUCAGUCGUCUUUCUCUUUCCCUAUCACUUCACUUGGAUCUUUGCUUUCCCUUUCGCUUUUGUCUUUCCCUGUCUUUGAUCUGCACUGCAAUUCUCCCCUUUUCUUCCAUUUUCCAUUUACAAUUCUACAUCCUUGGAAUGGCAAGGGGAAUGUCAAUGAGAAUGGGAAUGGGAUCGCAUCCUUGAUCGAUUACUUUAGAUUUCAUCGUUUUAGCCUGUCCAAUUUUAAAGCGACAAGAAAUUGGUGACUUUAGAGUGAGAGUGAGAGUGAAACAAACGGAAGCAGUGGUGUUGGGUGGUGGGUGGUGCCUGGUGGCAGUCACCGGCGUCUGCUGCUCCUGGUUUGCUGGCAAAAGGAAUGCUGGAGUAGCGAGAGUAGUGAGCUUGUGGUUGAAGGAGCUCAAAACACACUGCUCUAAUGGGCUCCGAGCAGAAUAGAUUCCCUCAGCAGGAGCGGUUAAACAGAACGGAUGCAUAACAUCCAGAAUGGUUUCUGAGUUUGCUUUGAGAUCAAUUUCCAAUCUAACCGAUAAUGCCCAUUUGUAUCGACAGAGAAAGAGAUGGGGAGGAUGUUGGGGUGCAUUCUCUUGCUUUCCCUCACAAAAAGGAGGAAAGCGCAUAGUGCCUGCAACUCGCAUUCCUGAAGGCAAUGCAUCAGCAAAUCAGCCAAAUGGACCCCAAACAGUUGGGCUUGCCAACCAAACAACGUCGCUAGCUCCUUCUCUUCUAGCUCCGCCUUCUUCUCCAGCAUCAUUUACAAAUUCAGCCCUUCCUUCAACAGCGCAGUCUCCUAGUUGUUUCUUGUCUGCCAACUCACCUGGAGGUCCUUCAUCCACCAUGUAUGCCACCGGGCCAUAUGCCAACGAAACACAACUUGUCUCUCCUCCUGUUUUCUCAACCUUCACAACUGAGCCGUCCACAGCCCCUCUCACUCCCCCACCAGAGUUGGCUCACUUAACUACUCCAUCUUCCCCAGAUGUACCGUAUGCUCAUUUCCUCUCAUCUUCAGUAGACCUUAAAAGUACUGAGAAGACCAAUUACAUUGCUGCAAAUGAUCUUCAUUCAACAUAUUCCCUCUAUCCUGGAAGUCCUGCUAGUAGUCUCAGAUCACCAAUUUCAAGGGCAUCAAACAAUUGCUCAUCGUCAUCUUUUCCUGAGCGUGAUUUCCCCUCACAUUGGGAUCCAUCAGCUUCUUCCCAAAAUGGCACCUAUCCAAGGCGUGGUUCUGCAAGGAUGUUUGGACAUGACCCAGUUGGAGCCUCUGUGUCAUCUCAAGACUCAAAUUUCUUUUGUCCUGCUACAUUUGCACAGUUUUAUCUGGAUAAUCCACCAUUUCCUCUUGCUGUUGGAAGGUUAAGUGUGUCCAAGGAUUCAGAUGUUUACACUACUGGUGGGAAUGGAAGUCAGAGCAGACACAGUAGAAGCCCCAAGCAAGAUGUGGAAGAAAUAGAAGCGUAUAGAGCAUCCUUUGGGUUUAGUGCUGAUGAAAUUAUCACCACAACACAAUAUGUGGAGAUUUCUGAUGUAAUGGAGGACUCGUUUACCAUGACACCUUUCCCCUCGCAUAAAUUGCCUUCCGAAGAAAGUAUGGAACCGACAUCUGUCAAUGAAGGACUAAAAGGACAUAAGACAAAAACAAACUUGCAGAGUCAGGAUAGUCUUAAAUCAGAACCAGAUCUUGAUGACGGUGGACAUUGUGACUUGGCCAUAUCGUGUACUGGAUCCGAAGAUCACAAAUCAUGGAGGCAGUCUAGUGACGUCUCUCGAUCAGGUACACGUGGAAUUCGUAUUGUGGCCGAUGAAGAGGACAUUUUUUCAAAGAUGGGGUCGUCUAAAUUGAGCAGAAAGUAUCAGAUGGGUCAAUCUAGCUCAGAUGCAGAAAUUGAUUAUAGAAGGGGGAGAAGCUUACGGGAGAGAAAAUGAGAAUUUGCGUGGAAUGACUAAGAGUGGAAUGAUCUAACCGAAGAUGUAACCUGUUCUUUCAGUGGUUUGUGAUCGGUCUCUGUGAUUGAUGAAUGCUGUUGCUGUAGGUGAAUGAAACAACUGGUAUAUGUGUUUUUGGUGAAAUGUGGUUAGAUAUAUAUAUAUAUAUAUAUAUAUAUAUUAUAUUCUUGGAACGUGUAUUGCAACAUCAGUUUAGCUAUUGUUCAGGCAGUAUUUUCUGUACCAUUUCGAUGUGGCGUGGUCAGAUAAUGGGAGAUAAAGGGUUUUCGCUUUGAGUAGUGUGUUUUUUUCCUUGCCCAAGGUCCAAAAACAGAGAAAACUUGCUUAAAGCAGGAUAAGUAAACUAGCAAGAUUAUCAGCUAUAUAGUUGUUUCCCGUGUAGAUAUGCAUCAAAGACGAUUCGAAUUUUUUAUCUGAGUGUAGGUGUCUUGAUUAUGCAGUGUUGAUUCUAUGC